UUUUCAGUAUAAUGAAUUGUUGUAUCUUGUAUUAUGAACAGGUGACAUUACGAAGAACAUGGGCAAAAAUGCCACUUUGGCACAAGACAAAAUUGGUGUACUCUCUAUUGUUCCAAGCAGUAUUUUUACCAAAGCCUGAAGAUCUCGUCAAAAUGUUGAAGGAUAUGGAUGAUGUUGACAUGUUGACUCUUGUGAUUCAAGAAAUGAGCAAGCAGUUCCCUACUCUUAUGGAUACCCUAGUUCAUGAGCGAGAUCAGUUUAUGUCAUCAAUGUUAAUAAAAGUUGCCUGUGAACACAGCUCUGUAGUCGCAGUUGUUGGCAAGGGUCACCUUCCAGGAAUCAAGAAGAACUGGAAGCAACCUAUUGAGGUUAAGGAACUACUAUCAAUACCGUCACCCAAACCUCUCAUUUCUGUUGCGAAGAUUGUGACAACCCUUGGAGUUGCAGUUGCAGGAGUGGCCAUAAUAUCUGGCAUUUACGUUUCAAGCAAGAAAUAAUCAAUCAGAGGUUUUAGAUCCAACUGUCGGUAGGGCAAUGAAUAUGAACAUCAUCAAGGCUCUCUCUUGUGACUUUCAACAUUUGAGGGUCAUGAACUGUUACUACUUCUCUUAUGCAUUUGAAGGGAAUCAGUACACAGAUACAAGGAAAUUGUCAUUUUGCAAA